CUAGUCAAUAGCCAUAACCACAUCGAAAACGACACUUAGUUUCUUCUUCUUCUUCUUCUCCUUCUUCUUGUUCUCUGUUUUUCUAACUUCAUUCUUUGUUGGUUGAGUUGCGACCAAACACGCAAUGGGUAAUUGUUUUGGUUCACCACCUACGAAUGAAUCACACUCUACCAUCAAUAAACCUCGUCAUUAUUCAGGUUCGUGGAGUAGUGGUGGCGAUGAGAGCAAGAAGGUGGCAUCAUCAACAAUUGAUGAUGGAGGAACAAGCAGCCAAGGAAUUAGUAGUCAUCAGUUUUCGGCAUCGGAGACUUCGAGUUUCGGUGGAAGCUUCGGUGUAUCGAUCAUAACUCACAGUGGCCAGAUUCUUGAGACUCCGAAUCUGAAAGUGUUCAGUUUCAUGGAAUUGAGAGUGGCAACGAAGAACUUCAAGCCGGAUACAUUGCUGGGCGAAGGUGGAUUCGGAAAGGUUUACAAAGGUUGGUUGGAUCAGAGAACGCUUUCUCCGGCCAAAGCGGGUUCCGGCAUGGUCGUCGCCGUCAAGAGACUCAACACCGAGAGCGUUCAGGGAUUUCAAGAGUGGAAGUCAGAAGUCAGCUUCUUAGGAAGGAUUUCUCACCCAAAUCUUGUUAAGCUUUUGGGUUAUUGUAGAGAAGCUGAUGAACUUCUCCUUGUUUACGAGUUUAUGCCUAAGGGAAGCUUGGAGAGCCAUCUCUUCAGAAGAAACUCUAAUACAACAGAACCAAUUUCUUGGAACACUCGUCUCAAAAUAGCCAUUGAUGCUGCUAGAGGCUUGGCCUUCUUGCAUACUUCAGAAAAGCAAGUUAUAUAUAGAGAUUUUAAGGCCUCCAAUAUAUUAUUAGAUGGGGAUUACAAUGCAAAGAUUUCCGAUUUUGGAUUAGCUAAAUUGGGGCCUGCUGGAGGAGAAUCACAUGUGAGUACCAGAAUCAUGGGCACCUGUGGUUAUGCUGCUCCAGAAUACAUAGCAACUGGUCAUUUGUAUGUGAAAAGUGAUGUGUACGGAUUUGGUGUAGUGCUGCUUGAAAUGCUGACAGGGCUGAGAGCACUUGACACAAAGAGACCAACAAAUCAGCAGAACCUUGUUGAAUGGAAGAGGCAUUCACUCUCUGAUAAGAAGAACAUUAAUAAGAACAUCAUGGAUCCAAGAAUUGAGGAUCAAUACUCAGUCAAAGCUGCAACACAAGCAGCUCAACUUACCCUUAAAUGCCUUGAACCUGUCCCCAAGAACCGCCCUUCUAUGAAUGAAGUCUUGAAGUCUUUGGAAUCCAUUGCUGCUAUCAAACAUAGAACCUCCAAGAAGCCUUCCAAGAAAUUAAACACCAUGCAUAGUGCUAAUUAAUAAGUAACAUCAUUCUCAUUCAGUAAAUAUACUCUUAAUCAAUCAUCAUCAUUUUUCAAGAUA